CCAUCUGAGCUGGAGGACCUGCUGGAGGACCUGCAAAACAGCAGCCAGCAGCAGCUGUUUCCCAGUCAGCCUCCGUCCUCUUCAUCAUCUUCAUCAGCGGUGCCAGCUGGCUCCUCUGUGGACAAACAGACCAUCAUCAGUGACAUCCUGCAGAUGAACGACACCAGCAGCAGCAGCAGCUCCCCCAGCCAGCACAGAGCCUUCCCUCCUAUCGGACCUGCAGGAAGUUUCAAUGGUGUCAGGUCAGGCCAGUCUGGUCAGGGGGCUCCUCCAGUUAGAAGCAUGUCUCUGGACAACAGUAUGGGCUCCAGCCCCACCAGGCCUCUCCCACCUCAGCACAGAAAUAAUGGCCCCUAUCCUUUGCAGCAGCAAGGCAUGAUGGGAACUCACACCAGCAUGAACCAGGCAGCAGGACCUAACACAGCAGGCCUUCGUGGCUCCAUGCAGCAAGGCUGGGGUCCCCAUGCUCCAACAGGCGGGAACUCUGGACCAAUGAUGCCACACGGAGUUGGUCGAAUGGUACCGGGCAUGAAUCCUACACUCCCUACAAGAAGCAACGGUUCAAAUGUUUCUAGAGCUUUGGUCAACAUGCAGAUGAUGGGAAAUGACUUGGACAUGGCAGCUCCUCCCUACCAUCAACAGCAGGCUCCGCCCAAUCAGACAGCUCCAUGGCCAGACCGAAUGAUGAUGAUGGAUCACUACGGAAACCAAAGCAGGCCGCCCUAUGGCAUUCCUCAGGAAGACGGGAUUGGUUGUUGUGGCUCCGGACCUGAAGGUCAGACAGAUGAGGGUGCUCUGCUGAACCAGCUGUGUUCGGUGUUGAAGGACUAUGAGGGUCUGGAAGAAAUUGACAAGAUGUUGGGAAUACCCACUCUUGCUGGACAGGGUCCUCUUUCAGAGCAGGAGCAGUACCUGGGUCCCUUGGAGCCACCGUCUAGCCUUAAAGCUCCCCUCUACAGUCAACAGUACGGGGGGCAGCCAGGUUACGGUGGCUUACCCCCUGAUGGCGCAUAUGCUGCCCAAUCAAUCGCCGGCCACAUGGGACCUCAAAGGAUGGCACCGGCAGGCUACCCUCCUAUGAUGAGAAUGCCCGGUGCCCCAGGACCCCGGCCCCCCGGCAUGAGACCUGGUGGCCCCAAUUCAAUGGUGCCAUCGCAGCCCAACAACCUGAGGCUCCAGCUACAGCACAGACUCCAAGCCCAGCUGAACCGUCAGCCGGUGAUGAACCAAAUGGGUGGAGUCACAAAUAUGAAUCUACCUCUAAGAUCUAAUGUCUCACCCCAGGGAACUGUCAACUCUCAGAUGCUGGUCCAGCGUCAGCGCGAGUACAUAAACAACCAGUUACGUCAGCGCCAACAACUGCAGCACCAUGCACAUCAGCAGCGUGCAAUGAUGAUGCGCACUCAGGGCAUCAACCUUCCGCCAAACAUGUCCAGCGGGGGGGCUGCUCCCACGCCAAUGGCCAUGGCUGGUGCCAACCCCCGGAUGACGCAGGGAAACAUGCAGAGGUUUUCCUACCCAGCGUCCAGCUACGGUACUGGCCUGCCAUCUCCUCCUCCUCAUCCCGGCUCCUCCAGCCCCUUCUCCUCCCCUUUAUCCCCGAGUCAUCUCCUGGCAAGCCAGGGCAUGAUGGGAAACGUAGGCGGGCAGUACAGCAGCGUAAUGAGCCCUUCAUCACAGCACAGUGCCUUCCAGUUUAACACUUCAGGAAUGAGCCACCAGCAGCAACACCAGGACCCAGUGUCAUGCUUUCCCUGUGGGGCAGGGACACCGCAGAGCCCCCUGCUGUCCCCCAGAAUGGGACAGGGUCAGAGCCCCAUGUUGCAGCAAAACCAGGGCCAAACACAAACCCAAACCCAGACUCCAAACCAGGGAGGUCCGCCAAGCUACCAGACUAGCGGGGACUUGAACGGGUGGUCUCAGUCUGCAAACAUUUCAAACAGCAACAGUGGUUAUCCCCAGCAGUCCCAGUCUCAGUUCUCGACACAAUCCAGUGCUGGAAUGUACAACAGCAGCAGCAUGAAUGCAGUGUCAGGGCAGAUGGUCUCCAUGACUGAACAGGUGGGUGACAGCAACCUAAUCCUGGAACAGUUUGGAGGAAUCGAUAUGAUGAACCAAGACAGCAAUGUCAAUUCUAAUUUUUGCUGACCAUGGCUUUUUUGGAAAAGACCUAACCCACGGAGCCGUGCUAAAACCCUGACACCCAGAGAGGUCUGGAAAAAAAUAUGAAGACUUUGGGUUUCCUGCAAGAGACAAGUGUUUUUUUUUUUCAGAGGAGUAGCAAUGGAAGAAAAAAGUCAAGACAUUUGAACUCCAAGCAUACUUCUUAGUUCCUGCUUCAGGAAUUAUUCGCAAACAGAGUUUGAAGAUACUGAACUUCAAUCUGAAUAAUUCUGACUCCAAACACAAUUGUAGGAAAGUCAUGCCAAUGGCAGGAUGUUUGCUUUGGUGUUUUUCAGAAACGCAUUUAGUUAUAUAAUGUCGGUUAAAACGUUCCUCUUAGCUUCUCUCUUUCACAGAACAACCUAAUGAGACUUUAUAUUUUAUUAUGAUUUACUAAACAGUAGCUAUCACCUAACUUUAGAAUCAAUUGUAGGAUUCUUUUAAAAUAAUAUUGAUCUAUAAAUGGAAAUACCUAGUGGCGUGCACAGACAUUUUUGGUGGUAGGUGUUCAGGUUGGAAAAAGGCACCUUAUACGUUGCAUGGAGCCAAACAAGCCUGAUGCUGACGUUUAAGGAUCUUCUGUAGUCCAGAGGUAGCAAUGCCACAUUGGUGUCACUUCAAUAAAUAACAAUUUCAAAUCCACUAAUAUAAAGCCCACAAAUCCAGAAUAUCUUUAAGUCUAUUGAGUACAUAUGAUAAUUUGCAGAUGAACUAAGAUUUACACUUCAAAUAUAAAAAAAAACAAAAAACUCUAUUAUCUUAUUUCAAGUGCAUAUUAUGUAAUAAUAGUUACAAACACUUAUUCCACUGACAGAUCAUCUUAUUUCCCUGUUCAGAUUAGGGACAGAUAAGGUUAUUUUCAGAACAUUUUACAUAUUUCCAGGUCAUUUUUUGCAGUCCAAGAUAAACACAGAAAUACUAAUACUUUAACUGAAUAGAACUUUAUUAAAGUUAUUUUUACGAAUUCUUAUCAUUUGGCCUUAUGUUUGCUUUUAAAUGAAAUGUUAAACCGACUAAAGGUAACUUGUGUGCUGUAAAAAAAAAAGUCAAGUAGAUCUCAUGAAGUCCCCGACCAUUAUAGCAAAUCAAUAGUGACAUCUAUUAGAUGCUUUAAGUUCAAUCUUUUUCUAAUUUAAUCAAAGAGUUCCAUUUUAAACCACUCCUUGUGGCCCGGUAGAGGCCAUUAAAUAUGUUCUGCUAUGAAGUAACCGUUUGGAGGUAAAUACGCUAAGUUACCUGGAUGGUUACCUUGCCCUUCAUCAGGGCAAGGCUCUAUUGAGGUCAGGCUACAUGUCAGGUGAAGCAAAAUUACAUAAAUCUAGGCUCUGGGUUUGAAAGGUUUUUAAAAUCAUGAAUGCUAUUUUGGGCGAAAUACUAAAAAAACAGAAAACGAUUUCAAGAGGGGACAAACAACUUGUUUGUCCAGAGGGGAAAAGGGGAGGUACUCUGGCAUCACCUAUUGUCUAUCUGUGCACGUCCCUGGAAAUACCUAUCAGUAAUUUCAACAUAAUAAACAAAAUAAUUAGCCUUUUGUCUUAAGAAUGCAGCACAUACAACUUUUAAGAUAAUUAUUAACAGAUAACUGGUGGAAAUGCUGCCUCCAAGAAUUGUUUGCAGUAAAACAGGUACAUAAACUGUAUAUUAAAAAAAAAGUUUGGGUUUUCAGCUAAUGACACAGAUUUAUGAAGUGUGUGCAAUCUGUAGUCCAGCUGCUUACAUUGGAUGUUUGCUGUAAGGAUGUGAUACAGUUAUCUCUCUUAAAAAGAAAAAACGACGUUUGAUCUCAUAAGUUUUUGAGGCCAUGUGUUUGUGGUUGACUACUGUGUGUGAGCUAGCACGUUUGUGUGUUAAACUCUGAUUCUCACAAUUUCACACUGUAGAGAUUUAUAAAAUGAAUCUAUCAAUAUUUUUUAAACUCCUGGUUCUCUUUUAGAGCCCGACUGAACGUAAAAAGGAAACUAUAUGAAUAUUUUACAGUUAUUUAUAGAUUUAAAGAUGUUUUAGAGAUUAUUUGUACGGAUGAAAAUCAAUUAUAACUUUACGAAAUCUUUUGAAAUGGUACUUGUUGAUUUGAAAAGUAAUAUAUAUUUGAACUGCUGUUGUAUACAGGACAUAUGUCCCCUAUUUAAAGAUUUUUUUCAUAUAAAUGUGAAUGUGUAUAUUGUACAUAGAUCCUUUUACCCCUUUGUUCUUUUAGAGCCAUCAUAAAGCAGCAUUUGGAGUUGAAUAAAUGAUCAACAGAGUUAAAAUAGGCCAUGGUUUAAAUUAAGCACACUGUUUUUUCAAACAGACUUCCUGUUGGAUGUAUUUUGGGGAAAUUUGACACAAGCGAAAGACAAAGACCGGCUGCUGUAAUGUUUAGCAUAGUAGCACUGUUAGUAUGCUAACUGUUAGCAUGUAGCACUGGAAAAUGUCCAAGUUUCCAUUUCAUUUUCAAUGUUCUUAUGUUUUGACCAAAUUUGCCUAUAUGAAGUAAAUGGGUUUUUUUUCUGCCAUUGCAACUAGAAUAAAUGCACAAAAUGGAGUACUCCACAUUUUCUCUUUAAGAGGAACAGCUUUGACAUGCUUUCAUUCUUUUUAUUUAUCCAGUACAGUACAACUUCCAUGGUUUUCAGUACUGCAGUUAGGUACAGUGCAAUAUAUAACAAACCAAAACGCUCCAUCAUCACUUUACUAUGCAUGUAACAAUGUUAGCACAUAUAACUGGGAUUCAAACUCUCAACACUCUUCAUUAUUAGCUCUUACACAGCAUGUAUACUCACACAUACAUGUGACUAAAAUUAUAUUGACUGCUACUCAAAUAAUGACAGCUCAUUAACAACAAUACUUAUCUCAUGCAAUACUAUGCAAACGAUCUGUCUGCGCUGAGGAAGAUUCAAUCACUUACAGAUGCUUAAACAUGAAAGCAAAACAAACUGCCAUGACGGCAAAGAAAAAAAACGAACUAAUAGCUAUCUGAAGACUUGCAUACAUUAAUAGAGCAUCAAAACCUAAUCACUAGAUGACCUCUUUAUGAAGAAAAACCCAAAUACCCUUGUCCUUCUUUCUCAGGCAAAACAAUAUCACACCCUUGUUUUUAAUAUACACAAAUAUGAUUUGUUUUUGUUUUUUUAUUUCCAAAAUGACUGCAGCUUUUAACUUUUGGAAGAUAUGAAUUCAGUACUUGCAAUCUAAGUAUUAGCAUGCUGUGUUACAAAAAAAAAUUAUUUAUUUGAUCCUGGCCCAAACAAAUUA